CCAAAAUGGAUAUAUGAAUGUGCAAGAGACACACUGGUUAAAUCGAGUGUACUUUUGCACAAGUAUAGACGGCAUAUUUCAAAUUUGAAACAUGACGUUCACUCCCAAUGUCGACGAUGAAGACGAUGACGCCUUCUCCCGGGCCUGGGCUGCCUAUCUUCCUGCCAUGUGGGCCUAAACCGCCUGGGUUUACCAUGAAAAAGUUUGUUACGGGAGCGAGCCCCAAAACCACGCGGCCCGAUCGGACGCGCAACGCAGCAGCACCCAGUAUUUACGCAGGAAAGAAAUCCUUUCCGUUUUUGAAAAACCUCGAGCGACCCCCUCGAUUUCCUUCCUUCCUUGUUGAUAGUUCUUCCCUUCCCUCCUCGCCGCGCGCCUCGCGUAGUCCUCAUGGCCGCCGCCGCGCACCGCCUCCACGGCGCGGGGAAAUCCUCGAUUCCGUCCCCCGCGGCCACGGCGACGGCGACGGCCAAAGCGUCCGCUCCCAGCCGACGCCUCCACGGCUUCUCCUUCCCGACGCUCUCUUGGGGCGCGCACCGCCUCCUCCGCUGUUCCAAGGACGGCGCCGCCGCCGCGUCCGCGCCCGCGUCGGGUUCACCUCCCCUGCACCCGCAAACCCCGUCGCUCAAGGACAAGCCGGUGCCGACGCCGCCGAUGCCGACGCCCCAGCAGGACCCGGCGGGCGACGGCUCGCGCCCGCAGCGGCCGAUGAAUCUCCGCCCGCGCCGCUACUACUCCGCCACCGCCGCCGCGUCUCCGGCGUCGCGAGCGGAUGGGGGCGCCGCGGCGGGCCAGUCGGGGCCGCCGCCCCCGCCGCUGCCGAGGAAGAGAAGCUUCGCCGUCGCGCUCACCAGGGAGGAGAUCGCCGAGGACUUAGCCGCCAUCCGAUGCGCGCGCCCGCCGCGCCGCGGCAAGAAGCGGCCGAAGCAGAACGAGAUGGAUAGGCUGUUUCCGGGAAGCAUGCUCUUGAACGUGGACCCUGACGCAUACAAGAUCGGCGAGAGGUGAUCGGCGCCGUGGUGAAGCUGCAAAUUGGAGGAACUUCUCAGACGUUCCCAAUCUUUUUCUUUCCUCAUGUGUGUGAUGGACUGAUGGUUAACAUGUCCAUCCCCUAUUAAUUUUGUUAGUUCUUAUGGCUUAGAGAAUUGAAUUUUGGUAGGUUAUUCCUUGUGCCUUUUUGUGUACAUACAUUAUGCUUACAAGGAAUUGUUGGAAUGAUUGGAGUGUUAGUGCUUUCUGGUGUUAUGUUUGGGUUUGGGGUAUGGUUAUUGCGGCGUGUAGGAAGUGAUAGUAUUCAAAGGUGAUGGGGAGUCCUCAUGUUAUGCACAUUGUUUAAAUUAUGAAUAGUUAAAUAUAAUAUCCAUGAACUAGUUUUACGGUUCAGAUUGCUACAAAAGUUACUGAAUAUGACAUGGCACAUUGGUUAUGAAUUGUUCUUGAGAAUUUGUAUAUAUUGCUUUCUAGAUUUACUGAUGGAACAUAAAUAAUUAGGUGCAUUGCGUGAUGCCAUGAUGGAUGAAAUGCUAGCUUUAAUUUUUACUCUGGCAGGAGAUAUAUAUAUAUCAUAUCUACAAUAGGACAUUGUGACUGAACGAGAAAGUAAUGGGUGCCUCAUACUUGUGAUAGAAUAAUGACCUAUUAACCAUGGUUUUCUUUUUUUCGUGACCAAUAAGUGCCAAAUCAGUAAAAACUUAAGCUAGUUACCACACGAUUUUUUUGCAUCUUGUCCUAAUCUCCUGUUUCUCACGUAUUAUGGAUAUUAAAGUAUUCUUUUGUAAUGAUUCAUCAAGUUUUGUUUUGUUAUUUCACCUUUUCUGUUCAUGCUUUUCCUGCAUUUUUUACAGAUAAAUAGCUGGAGUAUCUCAUUAGAGAUUUCAGCAAUAACAGUAUCUUUUUUUGGGGGAACAUUGUCUGUUUUAUAUUUGGUGUUUCUCUGAUCUGCUAUUUUGCUUUAGGUAGGAGGUGCCACUUUCAGUAGUCAUUGCUCUGUUUAACGGUGUUUAGUUGUUAAUUGACCUUCUAAUCUUUUUUACUUAAGUUGUACACAGUGAAGAGCAUAGAACUUCAUUGAUUAAUUGUUGUCUAUGCCUUCACAUUUUGGGAUUCAGUAUCUUCUUCAUUUUUAGGAAGGGGAUUCAGUAUCUUGUUAAUCAGUUUUGAGGAAUAAUUGGAUGACAUUGUCGACCAGGCUUUAAUAAAGUUUAUGAUCGAUAGGUUGGAAAUGGUGAUUGGGUUCUUCUGUUUUUAGAACCAGACCCUAGUAAUGUAGCUGAGCCCUCUUCGUCGGUCAUUUGGUAUAAAUUGUUUUUGUUGAAUCAAGGGUUAAACUUGAUAACUCUUGAUGCCCACAUGGUUCACCUGUAUCAAGACCAUUGCACAUAACAGACCUCAAAAUUCUUCAUAACGCACAUAAUUGAAACAAAAAUGUAGUUGGAUCCGUUGAUUUCCAUGAUGCGUUGUGGUUUCUAUGAUUUGCGUAAUGUUAUUGGUGUGUAAUUGUACCCUUGACAGGCAAAUAAGCACUAACCAUCAGGAAUCAGCCUGAGCAGUGUCCUGUUUGCAGCAGAAUUAGUUCAGGUAUAUAUGAGAGUCGCCCUUAUAACUUUUCUCAAAUAUCCAUCUUUAUGUCUUCUGGGUUUUUGGGUCUUGUUUCCUCGGAAAUAUGGAAUGAGCGCAAUGUGUCUGUAUUAUGCAAUGCCUCCUCCACCACACUCGUAAUUAUGGCUAAGAUAAAAGGAGAGGCGUUUGACAGGCUCACGCUGGAGCGGAAAACUUAGGUACAUUCUCCUGCAAGAGUAGGCUUGUGUACGCCGCUUGUGGCCAUUUCGUUGUCAUGUGGGCAAGUGGAGAAAUAACCCUUAAUGGGUCAGGUCCGGGAGCUCACAUGGCAACGGGUCGGCCGGUCCAACAUGGCAUAUGACAGUUAGGCCCCUCCUACCUGUCAGAAAUACCAUUAAACGCCCUAAUCUACCCUAUUUGGGUUCUAUGAGGCAGCCUGUCCCAAAAACUGUGGUCCAGCGAGACUAUUAGUGAUAAGUGUGGUAACAUGUCAAACAAUAGAUUAUCUCUUAGUGCCAUCUCUUGCAACCAAUACUCUCAUGGAUACAAGAAUAUUUGGUGAUUUAAAAAAAAAACUUGUGAUGGAAAGAUAAAAUCUAGUACAAUAAGAAAAAAGCAUAUCUUUCUUGUGAAGAGUUUUUUCUUUGUUUCUUUCUCAUCCUAGUCAACAGUUAUCUUAUGGGGCGUCGCUAAGAUAAGAUCGUACAUUGCACGUGGUCUAGAGGAGUUGUCAUGCCACAGAUAUUAGCUGAAAUCUAAUCACAAUUCUUUUUUGGUGAGAACGUUGAAUCCCAUAUCUUUCCUUAUAAAAUCCAGGUCUCCUCUCAAAGUGAAAAACCUUUCUUUGGUAAUUACAUAAAGGGGUUAUUCUUACUAAAGAUAGCUUGAAAAGGCACGACUAGCAAGUUAGUUCAAGUUUUAGUGUUUUGCCAUCACAACAAGAUGACUAGACACUUCUGAUGAUUUCAUUAUCAGUUUGCCAGGGCCGCUUGGGCCAUUAUUCAAGCGGCGACUAACCUUCAUCCACCCCGUGGUGAUGCUAAUAUGUUUGUUAACUCACCACAAGGGUUAGACAAUAGGCUUCAUUCGAUCAUCCUUGGGGGCGGCUGCUCUUUGAUGGUUUGUUGCUCAGUAAAAAUGAUGUUGUGUUUUAAUUACAUCUCCAUCGCAGGUUAUCCAUUCUCGUGCACACUGGCUUCGUACCUGGUCUUUGCUCCAACGACCGGUGGACAAGGAGGUAAUUUUAGCGGCAUGUACAGAAGUGGAAGAGUGGCCAGGGAGGUGUUUUGAUAGUUCAGGUGGCGGCAUAAGGGCAACUCCAGCAGGGAGACCCAUUUUGUGUCCGUUUUGGCCUCCUUUUAGUCCGCUGUUAGUUUUGGGUCUGCCACUGCCCCCAACGAGGCCACCCAUUUGGUCCACUUUAUUACUCAUGGACAUGUGGACCAGGGGAGGAAAAAGGGGCAAGAUGCGGACCAGCGCAGUGCAAAAGAUACUGUCCGCCCCGACCCAAACUCUGACCAAAUUUGGGUUGGAAAUGGGUCAUGUCCGGACCAAAAAGCGGAAAAGGGAGUCCGUUUGGCCCAAACGGACAAAAUCGGUCUCCCCGCUGGAGUUGCCCUAACCUCCAGAUCAACGCACCUUCCCUUCAUUUUUUUAGAGAUCACCAUGGGGCGUUGGUGGGGGGGGGGGGGGGGGGUGUGGAGAACCCUGCCUGAAUACCUUUACUUAAAGGUUAGAAAUUAUAGGGUUUGCGAGUCGCGAGAAAAAAUAGUCACGCAAGACAUAAUGGAUACCUUUUGACCGGCUUUCUUAAGCCGAUGAGACCAAAGGGUGGCAUCGUCUACAACGUUUCUAAUUAGUAUAUGGGAUGGUAAAUGAACUCAAUGGAACACCACACUGUUUCUUGAGUCCCAGGUUUUCAAAAGGAUGGUGAGCACCAUCCCUGGCCAUAGCACGGCCAGCAAGCCUGGUAGGACCGUAGGAGGUUCAGGCUCCAGAGAGAGGCGCCUUCAGCCAGAGGGUUGAUACCGAGCUUGAACAAGACAGUCUGAUUGAAAGAACUGUGGAAGAAAAGGUGGUCGUUUUUUUCGGAAGCAAGUUUGCACCGGGGGCAUCGACGCACCAUCGCUUAGUAGUUAGUACUGUCUCGCCUUAGCUGCAUCAAUAAAUUGUAAUGGAGUAAAGGGUUUUUGUGACUUCUGUUGUCAUUGUGUGCAUCUUGUUAUGGAAAGGCCGUGUGUGUUUCGUAUGUGGUUGUAUCGGCUUGAUGUGGUGAUAAGAUUCAAUAAAGCUCUCUUUUUGGAAAGAAAAAAAUAGCAUAUCUAACAUUUAUCUGAUUUGUUGUUCGUUUUUUGGUUCGGUCUUUCUCUUUUCCUGCACGUCAACAACCAGAUCUAGUUUUGAUCGUUGAUAACUUGCUUGAAUUGCUUUGCUCUUUUAUUUGCUACCGUUCCUGUAUAACCAGAUUGGCCAAUUUUAAGAUCGAUCUCGGCUGUCCGGUCAUCGCAUGGCACAAUUCAUGAGGCCAUAGCGGUCUGGUUGCCAUCGCCAUCGAAAGCUGGAUUAAGAUAAAUGUUGAUGCAGGGUGUGACUUGAUCUCUUCCUGUGGAGGCUCGCCCGUGCUCAUUCAAGAUAUGAACAGGGAGGUGCUUGCCUCGGCAUGGGGGUACUAUUGCAACUGCUCUGGGUUGAUGAAGCUGAGAUAAGAGCUUCUGUUUCAGGCCUCCAUUUAUGAUCAAGCUUCAAUGCCGCAGUUAUGAUAUAAACUGAUUAUCUUGUUGCACAUUGUUUUCUCUUGUCAUCCACUUUGGACAGGUUGAUGUUCAGUGAUUUGAAGAUUGAUGUGACCGGCAUGUUCACUGCAUUUGAGAGAUCAUCUCACCAAAAUACCCUCGAUUGACUGGACGCAGCAGAGCAGACGUUGGGAAUGACAGAAGAUGGUAAGUAGCAGCAAGAGAAAGACAAGUGCAAUUGCAUCCUGUGGUGCAAUGGCAGAAUGGCAAGGUGGCAUCAACGCCAUCAAAGCUGCUGUACGUACUUCUCUCCCACUGCAAAAUUCAAUGCCACCGUGGCGUAGUCAUCGUCUCCGUAGCUCUGGAAACCAUUCUUUCAGUCAGCGAGGCAACCACGUCUGUGCAAAUUACUCCACCUGACUCAAGGAUUCAGUUUACUUUAAGAGAACCUUGCUCGAGUAUAUAAAAACAGAUGAACAGAUAGCCUUGUCAGCUACCAUGGCUAAGGCGAUUAAAGAGAUCCUACUCCGCCUCCCUGCUGAAUCAACCAUACAGUCUAAAUUGACUUGCAAACAGUGGCUUGGAUCGAUUAACAACGAAAGCUUCAUUCAUCAUACUUUGGACAUCAGAACAUGGACAGAAGGCCGAAGAUCAUGCUUGUGGCCAAGCGCACUGGACAAUCGGUCUUCAGUUUUGCUCCCUUAAGAUAGUGCAUUGCCUGAGACAAAGGUGGUCUGCUCCAAGCCUUGCCAUGGGAUGAACGUGGUAAGCACUUCUGCAAAUGACUAUCUCUGCAACCGAGGCACAGGUUUCCAUAUGGUCUACAAUAACCUGGGGCCGAAUAUGCACCUACCAUUGAGAAGCUGGAGAAUACAUAAAGCAGAAGAGCCUUUGCAGUUGGCAACAAGAAGUCAAGACUGUUGGCCUGACUUCUGAGUUUUGACCCUUUGACUCGUGAGCAUGGUCUUGUGUAGCAAACUGCAACACCCAUUUUUGAUGUGUGAUUUGAUUUAGUAGUUCUAAUUGCCACUGUGGCACUGUGUACUGCUCUUUCUGCGAGUAUAUUGUCAUAUAAUUAUUCGUUUGACAAUGUAAAGGUGUGUUCCUUUGAAAAAUAAGUGAAUGAUGGUGAGUUCGUAA